AUGUUGAAACAUAGUUCGAGACACGUUCAAGAUGCUGCGAGCAUUGAAUUGGCAAAAGUAUGUCCAAAUGUCGAAAAGCUUCUUGAAUUUAUCGAAAAAGAUCAUCGACGUUGUUAUCAAUCAUUAAGUCGGGUGAAUAUUGAUCGAUCUGAUACUGAAGCAUGGAAACAGCAUUCGAAACGUAUGAUUGAGUUAAUUAAAGCGAGUCCUGCUUUAUUGAAAAUUUACAUUAACGAACUAUAUGAAUCGAUAAAGAAUUUUACAGAGCAACUUGAACCUUAUCCAGAACAAUCUGAUCAGUUUGAUGAAUUAUUCCUUAUUCCAAUUGCUUGCGAACUUGUUGAAGAAAUGCCGUCAGCCUUUUUUGUUGAACUUGAUGAGAUGUCUUACAAGGAAAAUCUUCAGAAAGCACUAUUGUGUACCAGUAAGCAACAUGACUACAGACAACGAAAUGCUUGCAUUAAAUUGCUGUCUACUUUGGGGGAAUUCACAGUCGAGAUUUGUGAACUAUUGAUUGAUGGAUUGAUUGAAAGCCCUACAACUCAAGCAGCUUGUCUGGAUUCUAUCAAAUAUUUUCGAAAGCCCAACGGCUUGACCCAACGAGACAUGGCUGUACAGCAAGUGGAUCACGUCAUAAAACAGUUCGAGUCAACGAGAGAACCAUUGCCGUCACAGCUACAUAAAUUAAGAUCAGCACUGCUUGAACUUGAAUCAGCAGGAAAAUUCUUAGAAGAAGUUCUAUCCGAGCUCGAGUCAAGACAAGCACCAUUGAAAUCAGCCGAGAAGGAAUUGAAACCAAUCCUGAUACAUUUGAAACCAAUCUUGGAACAAUGGGAACCAGCAGUGUUGCAACUUGCUAAACAUCUCCGAUCACCAUCGUUGAAUAAACGUUGGGGUACUGCUCUUCUUUUUGAACGAUUAGUUCAGUGUAAUGUGAUAUCUGCGCGUCGUGUACAACAUCUUCUAACUGACACCAUUGAGGACUCUCAUUCGAAUAACAAGCUAUGGUUGCAUCAAGAUAAUACUUCUCAAAGUUCGUACAUAUGUGUCGGUAAUCUCAAUCACAUGCUAUGCAAACUAUUGAUGCGUAUGUCAUCUAUUGAGGAAACAUCGACUGAAGUAAAAGUUUAUGAGAUCAGAAAUCGUUUACUUGAGGAUUUCGAUGCAGCAGAAACGAGUGCACGAUUUGCAUCGUGCGUCAAUCUUGAUGAAGAUUCACUAGAUGAGUGUGAGAGCGAACUUGAACAUAGUAAACCCGUCGAAAAACAAGUAAAGCCAACUGAAAUACGACCAGAGUCUGCGAACAAAUCUACUAAACAGACUGAAUCCCAUCAGCGUCCAUCAUCGCACCGAAAAGAAUCGGCAAGAGCUGAACAGCGACCGAAAUCUUCACAAGAGUCUAUUCCAGAAAGUUCAAUUUGCAACAUCCUAUAG